UCUUAAUAUAUUUCUCGGUAGCUCGGUAUAGUUGCUAUUUCUUUGUCGGCGUUUGAGCUUGACGCGUCAUAGGUCGCGUGGGUAUGUCGUCGUGGAUCACGUCUUCACAUUAUUCGCGUUACGAAGUACUGAACUGCAUUUAUAUUUGUCGAAUAAUUUAAUUUUAUAAGUUAUUUUCCACUGAUGAAACCAUGAAAAAAGAACGGACAGCAGACAAUGCUCGGCCAUUUAAAUUAGCCCAUCAAAUUGUUAGCCUUACAGGUAUAAGUUUUCAACGGAAAAGUAUCAUUGGGAUGGUAGAAUUAACAAUCAUUCCAUUGAGGGAUACUUUACGAUUAAUACAUUUGAAUGCCAAGCAGUGUAGAAUUUACAAAGUAUGUUUAAAUGACUCUUAUGAGGCACAAUUUCAAUAUUUUGAUCCUUUUCUAGAUAUUUCACAAGGAGAUGAAAAGCAACGAUCUUUGGAAUUUUUUUCUAAUCUUCACUUGGCAGCAGCUCAGAAAGUUGAUCCAGAUAACAAUGCUGGAGAAUUAGUUAUACAAAUAACUCCAGAUGUGGCUCAUUUAGUGGAAGAAGGCAAACCUAUUCGCAUAGGUAUUGAAUUCUCACUUGAACAGCCUCAAGGAGGAGUUCACUUUGUUCUACCUAAUUGUCCAGGCACCUUAGCUGAGAAAGGUGCUCAUAUGUACACUUAUAGUUAUGAAAAUUCAUCAAGAUUAUGGUUCCCGUGUGUUGAUAGUUUUGCGGAACCUUGUACCUGGAAACUAGAAUUUACAGUUGAUGAUGCUAUGACUGCAGUAUCUUGUGGUGAUUUAGUAGAAGUUGUAUAUACUCCAGAUAUGCGAAAGAAGACUUUUCACUAUGUACUGAAUAUUCCAGCUUGUGCACCAAAUAUAGCUCUUGCUGUUGGACCCUUUGAAAUUUUUGUUGAUCCUUACAUGCAUGAAGUAACUCAUUUUUGUCUGCCUCAACUAUUGCCAAUAUUAAAGAAUUCAGCUAAGUACAUGCAUGAGGCAUUUGAAUUCUUUGAGGAAACUUUGUCAAACAGAUAUCCUUAUUCUUGUUAUAAACAAGUGUUUGUUGAUGAAAUUGAUGAAGAUAUAAAUGCAUAUGCAACAAUGAGUAUCUUAAAUACCAAUUUGUUGCAUUCUUCUGCUAUUAUUGAUCAAGUAUACAUUACAAAAAAGGCAAUGGCCCAAGCUAUAGCAGAACAAUUUUUUGGCUGUUUUAUUUCAAUGCAAAAUUGGUCUGACACAUGGCUACCGAAAGGAAUUUCUACAUACCUCACUGGUUUAUAUGCAAAAAAAUGUUUUGGAAAUAAUGAAUAUCGCCAAUGGAUCCAAUCGGAAUUGAAAGAAGUAGUUAAAUAUGAGGAACAGUUUGGUGGUAUAAUAAUUGAUCCAUCACAACCCCCUGCUCCAUUACCAAUUGUAGCAAAUGCUCCAGCUCCUACACCAAGAGAUCCAGAUCCUGGAUUUUAUUUUCCGAUAAGAAAUUUGCACACUAUGUCUCCAAAAUAUAUUGAAGUUCUUAGAAAAAAGGCUCAUUUAGUGAUUCGUAUGUUGGAACACAGAAUAGGUCAAGAACUUCUAUUACAGGUAUUCAAUAAACAACUAUCAUUAGCUGUGAAUGCUGCACAACAAAGGAUCGAAUCUGGAUUGUGGUCCCACAUGUUGAUUAGUACAAAUGUUUUUACAAAAGCUAUCUUUACAGUAACUGGUAAAGAUAUGGCAGUAUUUAUUGAUCAGUGGGUAAGAACAGGAGGUCAUGCUAAGUUUAAUUUGAGCUUCGUAUUCAACAGAAAAAGAAAUACAGUUGAGUUGGAAAUACGUCAAGAUAUAACUCAUCAUAAAGGAAUAAGAAAGUAUGUUGGUCCUCUUUUGGUUAAUAUUCAAGAACUUGAUGGCACAUUCAAACAUACAUUACAGAUUGAAGGUACAGUUGCUAAAGCAGAUAUAACAUGUCACAGUAAAAGUAGAAGGAAUAAGAAAAAGAAAAUUCCACUAUGCACUGGCGAAGAAGUAGACAUGGACCUUUCAGCAAUGGACGAUUCUCCUGUAUUGUGGAUUCGUUUGGAUCCUGAAAUGACACUAAUGCGAGCUGUCCAAAUUGAACAGCCAGAUUAUCAAUGGCAAUACCAAUUACGACAUGAAAGAGAUGUUACAGCACAGAUAGAAGCUAUCGAAGCUCUGAAUAAUCAUGCAACGCCUGCAACGAGAUUAGCGCUUACUGACACGAUUGAAAAUGAGCAUUGCUAUUACAAAGUAAGACUGCAAGCUGCACAUUGUUUAACAAAGGUUGCAAAUGCAAUGGUAGCUACGUGGGCUGGUCCACCUGCUAUGUUAGCGAUAUUUAGAAAAUUAUUUGGCUCUGCUUCUUGUAGAAGAAUUAUAAAGCAGAAUAAUUUUACAAAUUUUCAACAUUAUUUUCUUCAGAAGACUAUUCCUGUAGCUAUGGCAGGCUUGAGAAACAAUCAUGGAAUUUGUCCUCCAGAAGUGCUAUCAUUUCUUAUGGACCUAUUUAAAUACAAUGAUAAUAGUAAAAAUAGAUACUCCGACAAUUACUAUAGAGCAUCCCUAAUCGAAGCACUUGGUGCUACUAUAACUCCAGUCAUUAACGUUCAACAUGGAACUACUAUAACUGCCGAAUCCUUGUUGCCCGAAACUAAAUUAAUUUUAGAAGAAGUUACGAGGCAUUUAAAUUUAGAAAAGUUGCUUCCAUGUUACAAGUACACAGUUUCAGUCGCUUGUUUAAAAGUUAUUAGAAUUUUACAAAAGUUUGGACAUCUGCCUAGUAAUCCGCAUUUAUUCAGAGAAUAUGCCGCCUACGGACAAUUCAUUGAUGUAAGAAUAGCUGCUCUUACGGCUUUAGUAGAGUUUACGAAAGUUGACGGCAAAUGGGAUGAUUUAGAAUUUUUAUUAGAUAUGGCUGAAAAUGAUCCUCACCCAUGUAUACGACACAAAUUGGUACGGCUCAUGGUCGAAACCCCUCCUUUCGAGCGAGCUCACAAGCAUUCAUUGGAUAGGCCAGAAUUAGUUAAUCGUAUUUGGAAUUUAAUCAAUGGAAUGUUGUCUCACGAUCCGAAAUUGCGUUGUGACUUAGUGGAUUUGUAUUACACUUUGUAUGGUUCAAAGACGCCUUUGUGUCUUCCCAUACCAGAAUUAGCAAUGUUAACGAAACCAAAACGAGUUGCACCCGCUGUCAGCCCAGAAAAAGAUGUAAGCCAUCUACCGCCCAUACCUCAUGUGAAACCUGAGCCAAGCAAUGAAGUGGAAGUUAACAAUACUGUUACAAAUAAAAGAAAAGCUUCUCCUGCACGGGAAGUUUCAAAUUCAACAGUAGCUCCUGAAUAUAGCCUUGACACAAAACGACAAAAAAUACAUUCGGAUGAUCAGAGUACAAGUAAUAACACAGAAGGUAAAGCGAAAUCAGAGUAUUACAGUGAUAAUUCGGCCUCCCUUCCUGGAAUAAUGGGAACUAAUGGUCCUGUUGGUUUUGAACCAGGGAUGUUCAAAAAAGAGGGUGAAGAAGGCAAAGUCAAAGGAGAUGCUGUUAAUAAGCCUAAAAAGAAAAAGAAAGAAAAGAAGAAGCAUAAACAUAAACACAAACAUAAACAUGACCACAAACAUGGAAAGGACAAAGAGAAAAAAGAUAAAGAAAAGAGUAAGGAUAAAGAAAAGGAUAAAGACAAAGAAAAGGAAAAAGAUAAAGAUAAAGAUAAAGAUAAAAGUAAGGAUAAAGACCAGUCAGAACUUAAAAUUCAAGAAGAAACUCUGAGUUCAGCUAGUUCAACGCCUAGCCCUGAACCAUCAACGUCAACUAACGAAUUUAAUUUUCCUUGACAUUUUUUUUUUAUAAGUGCAAAAUAUAUAUUGGAAAAUUUUUAUUUAUAUUACAUUUUCGUGU